GAGAGAACGCUCACGCCGAGAGGAGGUGUGGGUGUUCCGCUUCCAUCCUCACGGAAGGAGCUCCCGCUUCGCGGACAUGGGAUUACCCAGCGGCUGCUAACCCCUCUCCUCGCCCUGCUCCCCCAGAGCGGCGUGGCUCCCCGGGCACCAAGGAGCUGACUACCGAGGAGCGGGACUCGCACCCCUGGCUGGGCGUGUGUUGGCAACAGAGUGCCUGACCCGGGUCAGGAUUCUCAAGAAAGCCAUGUCUGACAAGAUGUCUAGUUUCCUUCAUAUCGGAGACAUUUGUUCUCUGUACGCCGAGGGAUCGACAAAUGGAUUUAUUAGCACCUUGGGCCUGGUUGAUGAUCGUUGUGUUGUACAGCCAGAAGCUGGGGACCUUAACAAUCCACCCAAGAAAUUCAGAGAUUGCCUCUUUAAACUAUGUCCCAUGAAUCGCUACUCUGCCCAGAAGCAGUUCUGGAAAGCUGCUAAGCCAGGAGCCAACAGCACGACAGACGCAGUACUGCUUAACAAACUACACCAUGCUGCAGACUUGGAAAAGAAGCAGAAUGAGACGGAAAACAGGAAAUUGCUGGGGACCGUGAUCCAGUACGGCAAUGUGAUCCAGCUCUUGCAUUUGAAAAGUAAUAAAUACCUAACAGUGAAUAAGAGGCUUCCAGCUCUGCUGGAGAAGAAUGCCAUGAGAGUAACGUUGGACGAGGCUGGCAACGAAGGGUCCUGGUUUUACAUUCAGCCGUUCUACAAGCUGCGAUCCAUCGGAGACAGUGUGGUCAUAGGUGACAAGGUUGUUCUGAACCCCGUGAAUGCUGGCCAGCCCUUACAUGCCAGCAGUCAUCAGCUGGUGGAUAACCCAGGCUGCAACGAGGUCAAUUCCGUCAACUGCAAUACAAGCUGGAAAAUAGUCCUUUUCAUGAAAUGGAGUGAUAACAAAGAUGACAUAUUAAAGGGGGGUGACGUCGUGAGGCUGUUCCACGCCGAGCAGGAGAAGUUCCUCACCUGUGACGAGCACAGGAAGAAGCAGCACGUCUUCCUGAGAACUACCGGCCGGCAGUCAGCCACGUCUGCCACUAGCUCCAAAGCCCUGUGGGAGGUGGAGGUGGUCCAGCAUGACCCGUGUCGGGGUGGAGCAGGGUAUUGGAACAGCCUCUUCCGUUUCAAGCAUCUUGCUACAGGGCAUUACUUAGCAGCAGAGGUAGACCCUGACUUUGAGGAAGAAUGCCUGGAGUUUCAGCCCUCACUGGACCCUGAUCAGGAUGCCUCCCGAAGCAGGUUGCGAAACGCCCAAGAAAAGAUGGUGUACUCCCUGGUCUCUGUGCCCGAAGGCAAUGACAUCUCGUCCAUCUUUGAGCUAGAUCCCACCACCCUCCGUGGAGGCGAUAGCCUUGUCCCAAGAAACUCCUAUGUCCGGCUCAGACACCUGUGUACUAAUACCUGGGUUCACAGCACAAAUAUCCCCAUUGACAAGGAAGAAGAAAAACCCGUGAUGCUAAAAAUUGGAACCUCUCCCGUGAAGGAGGACAAAGAAGCAUUUGCCAUAGUUCCAGUCUCUCCUGCUGAGGUUCGGGACCUGGACUUUGCCAAUGAUGCCAGCAAGGUGCUGGGCUCCAUAGCUGGGAAGCUGGAGAAGGGCACCAUCACCCAGAAUGAGAGAAGAUCUGUAACCAAGCUCCUGGAAGACUUGGUUUACUUUGUCACUGGUGGAACUAAUUCCGGUCAAGAUGUUCUUGAAGUGGUCUUCUCUAAGCCCAACAGAGAACGGCAGAAGCUGAUGAGAGAACAGAAUAUUCUCAAGCAGAUCUUCAAGUUGUUACAGGCCCCAUUCACAGACUGUGGUGACGGCCCGAUGCUACGUCUGGAGGAGCUGGGCGACCAGCGGCACGCGCCCUUCAGACACAUCUGCCGCCUCUGCUACAGGGUCCUGAGACACUCCCAGCAGGACUACAGAAAGAACCAGGAGUACAUAGCCAAGCAGUUUGGCUUCAUGCAGAAGCAGAUUGGCUAUGAUGUGCUGGCUGAAGACACCAUCACUGCCCUGCUCCACAAUAAUCGGAAACUCCUGGAAAAACACAUCACCGCGGCGGAGAUCGACACCUUCGUCAGUCUGGUGCGAAAGAACAGGGAGCCCAGAUUCUUAGAUUACCUCUCUGAUCUCUGCGUGUCCAUGAACAAAUCCAUUCCAGUGACCCAGGAACUGAUAUGUAAAGCUGUGCUGAAUCCAACCAACGCUGACAUUCUGAUUGAGACCAAGUUGGUACUCUCUCGUUUCGAAUUUGAAGGUGUUUCUACUGGAGAGAACGCUCUGGAGGCAGGAGAGGAUGAGGAAGAAGUGUGGCUGUUUUGGAGGGACGGCAACAAAGAGGUUCGCAGUAAGAGCGUGAGGGAGCUGGCGCAGGAUGCUAAGGAGGGGCAGAAAGAAGACCGGGACGUCCUCAGCUACUACAGGUACCAGCUGAACCUCUUUGCGAGGAUGUGCCUGGACCGCCAGUACCUCGCCAUCAACGAAAUCUCGGGCCAGCUGGACGUGGAUCUCAUUCUCCGCUGCAUGUCUGAUGAGAACCUGCCCUAUGACCUGCGGGCGUCCUUCUGCCGUCUCAUGCUCCACAUGCAUGUGGACCGAGACCCACAGGAGCAAGUCACUCCCGUGAAAUACGCCCGCCUCUGGUCCGAGAUUCCCUCCGAGAUCGCCAUUGAUGACUAUGAUAGUAGUGGCACUUCCAAAGAUGAAAUUAAGGAGAGGUUUGCUCAGACCAUGGAAUUUGUGGAGGAGUAUUUAAGAGAUGUGGUGUGUCAGAGGUUCCCUUUCUCUGAUAAAGAGAAAAAUAAACUUACAUUUGAGGUUGUAAACUUAGCUAGGAAUCUCAUAUACUUUGGUUUCUACAACUUCUCUGACCUUCUACGAUUAACCAAAAUCCUUCUGGCCAUAUUGGACUGUGUGCACGUGACCACAAUCUUCCCCAUCAGCAAGAUGGCGAAGGGAGAGGAGAAUAAAGGUAGUAACGUGAUGCGGUCCAUCCAUGGGGUUGGAGAGCUGAUGACCCAGGUGGUGCUCCGGGGAGGAGGCUUCCUGCCCAUGACUCCCACGGCCACCGCCCCUGAGGGCAACGUGAAGCAAGCAGAGCCGGAGAAGGAGGACAUCAUGGUGAUGGACACCAAGUUGAAGAUCAUUGAAAUACUCCAGUUUAUUUUGAAUGUGAGGUUGGAUUAUAGGAUCUCCUGCCUCCUGUGUAUAUUUAAGCGGGAGUUUGAUGAAAGCAAUUCCCAGACUUCGGAAACAUCCUCCGGAAACAGCAGCCAAGAGGGACCAAGUAAUGUACCAGGUGCUCUUGACUUUGAACACAUUGAGGAGCAAGCCGAGGGCAUCUUCGGAGGAAGGAAAGAGAACACGCCACUGGACCUGGACGACCACGGCGGCAGAACCUUCCUCCGGGUCCUGCUCCAUUUGACGAUGCACGACUACCCACCCCUGGUGUCAGGGGCCCUGCAGCUCCUCUUUCGGCACUUCAGUCAGAGGCAGGAGGUCCUGCAGGCCUUCAAACAGGUUCAACUGCUUGUUACCAGCCAAGAUGUCGACAACUACAAACAGAUCAAACAAGACUUGGACCAACUGAGAUCCAUCGUGGAGAAGUCAGAGCUUUGGGUGUACAAAGGGCAGGGCCCCGACGAGGCCAUGGACGGUGCAUCUGGUGAAAAUGAGCAUAAGAAAACAGAGGAGGGGAAUAACAAGUCACAGAAGCAUGAAAGCACCAGCAGCUAUAACUACAGGGUGGUCAAAGAGAUUUUGAUUCGACUCAGCAAACUCUGUGUCCAAGAGAGCGCGUCGGUGCGGAAGAGCAGGAAGCAGCAGCAGCGCCUGCUCCGGAACAUGGGCGCCCACGCCGUGGUGCUGGAGCUGCUGCAGAUCCCCUACGAGAAGGCCGAAGACACCAAGAUGCAGGAGAUAAUGAGGCUGGCUCACGAGUUUCUGCAGAAUUUCUGUGCUGGCAACCAACAGAAUCAGGCUUUGCUCCACAAACACAUAAACCUGUUUCUCAACCCAGGGAUCCUGGAGGCGGUCACGAUGCAGCACAUCUUCAUGAACAAUUUCCAGCUGUGUAGUGAGAUCAACGAGAGAGUCGUCCAGCACUUUGUUCACUGCAUUGAGACUCACGGUCGAAACGUCCAGUAUAUCAAGUUCUUGCAGACGAUUGUCAAGGCCGAAGGGAAAUUCAUCAAAAAGUGCCAAGACAUGGUCAUGGCUGAGCUGGUUAAUUCAGGAGAGGAUGUCCUCGUAUUCUACAACGACAGAGCCUCUUUCCAGACUCUGAUCCAGAUGAUGAGGUCGGAACGGGACCGGAUGGAUGAGAACAGCCCUCUCAUGUACCACAUCCACCUGGUCGAGCUCUUGGCCGUGUGCACAGAGGGCAAGAACGUCUACACGGAGAUCAAGUGCAACUCCCUGCUCCCGCUGGAUGACAUUGUCCGCGUGGUGACCCACGAGGACUGCAUCCCCGAGGUUAAAAUUGCGUACAUUAACUUCCUGAAUCACUGCUAUGUGGAUACGGAGGUGGAAAUGAAGGAGAUUUAUACCAGUAAUCACAUGUGGAAAUUGUUUGAGAAUUUCCUUGUGGACAUCUGCAGGGCCUGUAACAACACAAGUGACAGGAAACACGCAGACUCAAUUUUGGAGAGGUAUGUCACCGAAAUUGUCAUGAGCAUCGUUACUACGUUCUUCAGUUCUCCCUUCUCAGACCAGAGUACGACUUUGCAGACUCGCCAGCCCGUCUUUGUGCAGCUGCUGCAAGGUGUGUUCAGGGUUUACCACUGCAACUGGCUCAUGCCGAGCCAGAAGGCCUCAGUGGAGAGCUGCAUUCGGGUGCUCUCUGAUGUAGCCAAGAGCCGGGCCAUUGCCAUCCCCGUGGACCUGGACAGCCAGGUCAACAACCUCUUCCUCAAGUCCCACAACAUCGUGCAGAAAACUGCCAUGAACUGGCGGCUGACGGCCCGCAAUGCAGCUCGCAGAGACUCUGUCCUGGCAGCUUCCAGAGACUACCGGAAUAUCAUCGAGCGCUUGCAGGACAUCGUCUCUGCCCUGGAGGACCGUCUCAGGCCCCUGGUGCAGGCCGAGUUAUCUGUGCUGGUGGACGUCCUCCACAGGCCUGAGCUGCUUUUCCCGGAGAACACAGAUGCCAGAAGAAAGUGUGAAAGUGGUGGCUUCAUUUGCAAGUUAAUAAAGCACACUAAACAGCUGCUAGAGGAGAAUGAGGAGAAACUCUGCAUUAAGGUCCUACAGACCCUCAGAGAAAUGAUGACCAAAGAUAGAGGCUAUGGAGAAAAGGGUGAGGCCCUCAGGCAGAUUUUGGUCAACCGUUACUAUGGAAACGUCAGACCUUCAGGAAGAAGAGAGAGCCUUACCAGCUUUGGCAAUGGCCCGCUGUCACCAGGAGGACCCGGCAAGCCAGGGGGAGGAGGGGGAGGUUCCGGGUCCAGCUCCAUGAGCAGGGGGGAGAUGAGCCUGGCUGAGGUUCAGUGCCACCUUGACAAGGAGGGGGCCUCCAAUCUGGUCAUCGACCUCAUAAUGAACGCAUCCAGCGAUCGAGUGUUCCAUGAAAGCAUUCUCCUGGCCAUCGCCCUGCUGGAGGGAGGCAACACCACCAUACAGCACUCCUUUUUCUGCCGGUUGACAGAAGAUAAGAAGUCGGAGAAAUUCUUCAAGGUCUUCUAUGACCGAAUGAAGGUGGCCCAGCAAGAAAUCAAGGCAACGGUGACAGUGAACACCAGUGACUUGGGAAAUAAAAAGAAAGAUGACGAGGUAGACAGGGAUGCCCCAUCACGGAAAAAAGCCAAAGAGCCCACGACACAGAUAACGGAAGAGGUCCGGGAUCAGCUCCUGGAGGCCUCUGCCGCCACCAGGAAAGCCUUCACCACCUUCAGAAGGGAGGCUGACCCCGACGAUCACUACCAGUCAGGGGAGGGCGCCCAGGCCACAGCAGACAAGACCAAGGACGACCUGGAGAUGAGCGCGGUCAUCACCAUCAUGCAGCCCAUCCUCCGCUUCCUGCAGCUCCUGUGCGAAAACCACAACCGGGACCUACAGAACUUCCUUCGUUGCCAAAAUAACAAGACCAACUACAAUUUGGUAUGUGAGACGCUGCAGUUUCUGGACUGUAUUUGUGGAAGUACCACGGGGGGUCUUGGUCUUCUCGGACUCUAUAUCAACGAAAAGAAUGUGGCCCUCAUCAACCAAACCCUGGAAAGUCUGACCGAAUACUGUCAAGGACCUUGCCAUGAGAACCAGAACUGCAUAGCCACCCAUGAAUCCAAUGGCAUUGACAUCAUCACAGCCCUGAUCCUCAAUGACAUCAACCCUCUGGGAAAGAAGAGGAUGGACCUUGUAUUGGAAUUGAAGAACAACGCAUCCAAGUUGCUCCUGGCCAUCAUGGAGAGCAGGCACGACAGUGAAAAUGCCGAGAGGAUACUCUAUAACAUGAGACCCAAGGAACUGGUGGAAGUGAUCAAGAAAGCCUACAUGCAAGGCGAAGUGGAAUUUGAGGAUGGAGAGAAUGGCGAGGACGGAGCUGCUUCCCCCAGGAACGUGGGACACAACAUCUACAUCUUAGCUCAUCAGUUGGCUCGGCACAACAAAGAACUUCAGACCAUGCUGAAACCUGGUGGCCAAGUGGAGGGAGACGAAGCUCUGGAGUUUUACGCCAAGCACACGGCCCAGAUAGAGAUUGUCAGAUUAGACCGAACCAUGGAACAGAUUGUUUUUCCCGUGCCCAGUAUAUGUGAAUUCCUAACCAAGGAGUCAAAGCUGCGAAUAUACUACACUACAGAGAGGGAUGAGCAAGGCAGCAAGAUCAACGAUUUCUUCCUGCGGUCCGAGGACCUCUUCAAUGAGAUGAAUUGGCAAAAGAAGCUGCGAGCCCAGCCCGUUCUGUACUGGUGUGCCCGCAACAUGUCUUUCUGGAGCAGCAUUUCAUUCAACCUGGCUGUCCUGAUGAAUCUGCUUGUGGCAUUUUUCUACCCAUUUAAAGGAGUCCGAGGAGGAACCCUGGAGCCACACUGGUCAGGGCUGCUGUGGACAGCCAUGCUCAUAUCUCUGGCCAUUGUCAUUGCCCUCCCCAAGCCCCACGGCAUCCGGGCCUUAAUCGCUUCCACAAUUCUCCGGUUGAUAUUUUCGGUCGGCUUACAACCCACGUUGUUUCUUCUGGGAGCUUUCAACGUCUGCAAUAAAAUCAUCUUUCUGAUGAGCUUUGUGGGCAACUGUGGAACAUUCACCAGAGGCUACCGAGCCAUGGUUCUGGAUGUUGAGUUCCUUUAUCAUUUGCUGUAUCUGCUGAUCUGCGCCAUGGGGCUCUUCGUCCAUGAAUUCUUCUACAGUUUGCUGCUUUUUGACUUAGUGUACAGAGAAGAGACUCUGCUUAAUGUCAUUAAAAGCGUCACUCGCAACGGACGGUCCAUCAUCUUGACGGCGGUCCUGGCUUUGAUCCUGGUUUACCUGUUCUCAAUAGUGGGCUACCUUUUCUUCAAGGAUGACUUCAUCUUGGAAGUAGAUAGGCUGCCCAAUGAAACCGCUCUUCCAGAAGCCAGUGAGAGUUUGGCAAGCGAGUUCCUGUACUCUGACGUGUGUAGGGUGGAGACUGGGGAGAACUGCUCCUCUCCGGCACCCAAAGAAGAGCGGGUCCCUGCAGAGGAGACGGAGCAGGAUAAAGAGCACACGUGUGAGACGCUCCUGAUGUGCAUCGUCACGGUGCUGAGUCACGGGCUGCGGAGCGGGGGCGGAGUGGGAGAUGUGCUCAGGAAGCCGUCCAAAGAGGAGCCCCUCUUUGCUGCUCGAGUGAUCUAUGACCUCUUGUUCUUCUUCAUGGUCAUCAUCAUUGUCCUUAAUCUGAUUUUCGGGGUCAUCAUUGACACCUUUGCCGAUCUGAGGAGUGAAAAGCAGAAGAAAGAGGAGAUCUUAAAGACCACGUGCUUUAUCUGCGGCUUGGAAAGAGACAAGUUUGACAACAAGACUGUCACCUUUGAAGAGCACAUCAAGGAGGAGCACAACAUGUGGCACUAUCUGUGCUUCAUCGUCCUGGUGAAAGUCAAGGACUCCACGGAGUACACGGGGCCCGAGAGUUACGUGGCGGAAAUGAUCAAGGAAAGAAACCUUGACUGGUUCCCAAGGAUGAGAGCCAUGUCCCUGGUCAGCAGCGAUUCGGAAGGAGAACAGAAUGAGCUGAGGAACCUGCAGGAGAAGCUGGAGUCCACCAUGAAGCUGGUCACUAAUCUUUCUGGGCAGCUGUCAGAAUUAAAGGACCAGAUGACAGAACAAAGGAAGCAGAAACAAAGAAUUGGUCUUCUAGGGCAUCCUCCUCACAUGAACGUCAACCCACAGCAACCAGCAUAAGCAAAUGAAAUAAAGGAAUCGUAUUUACCUUUUUAAAUUAUUUUUAGUGUGGGUAUGGCUAAUUCGUUCUGAUUCACCCACAAGGGUUACAUUUAUGCUUAGUAUAUUUGUAAAUACUCAGUUUUAUACUGUAUGUAUAUGAUUGCUACUCUCAAGGUUUGGAUAUAUGUAUUGUAAUUAGAAUUGUUGGCACGAUGAAAUUUCAUUUGUGCCAAAAAUAUUAAAAAUGCCUUUUUUGGAAGGACUAAAGAAAGCACCUGAUUUGCACUUGAACCACAUUAUAUAGAUUUAAAAGUAUAUGACAUGUAUUUUGUAUUUAAAACUAGAAUAGCCAGUAUUUAUGUUUUUUAUAAAACUGUGCAAUACCAAUUAUGCAAUCACAAUAAAUUUGUAACUCCUGAGUAUCCUAAGGGGAGUGCACAUCUUUGAAGCUGGUGUGUUAAUAAAUAGUAUGUAAUAAAUGGUUAACUAUCAAAUGAUGCUGCUGCCAAAAUCAUAUUAAUAGUGAGUUUCAGGCCCCCGGGCAUUUUGUACCGUAUAAUUAUCCUGUGGUGAUACUACUUCUCAUUGCUAGCGGCGCUAGUGCCUCUGUCUCCUGGUGACAGUGCGCCAAGCCUAGGAACUGUCAAGUCAGCAUUCAUUUUAAGAAAAGCAACUUUAGUUUCAAAGAUACUUUAAGGCUUCUGAAUUGAUCAUUUAAACUAUUUCUUUAAGUAAGAGAGCUAAAUUAGAGGCUCAGACUUUAGUUUGCCAAGUCAGUGAAUUUUUUAAAGGGAACUUUUUAUGCCACGUUUGAGGUAAAUAAAUGCAUACUGCUAGCCAAUCAAUGUCAUCUCCUAGGUGAAUUCUGGUGUCACGUUAUAAAGAAAUAAGUAAUUGAUGGGCUCUAGAUUAUCUAGUCCAAACAAACAGUAGAGUUGAUUUUUUUUCUUCAUCUGAACCAACAUGCUACAGUAGCUAAGAAGUAUUAAACUAUAUCCAUCCAUGUAAAGAUGAAAUAUGAUCUAUCCCAUUAGAACUCAUAGUUUGAACACUGACAUGUUAUUCUUGUGAAAGAGCCACAUUUUGGUUUUAUUUCUUUGUCACAUUAUUUCUUUUCUUGAUGGAUGAAAAGUAUGAAAGGAAACUUUUAUAUCUGUUGCCUAGUUUUGUACAUGGAUCUCAUUUUACAAGAGAAUCUCUCUACAAAAAAAGUUAAACAUGUAUUGAAAGCAGAGUUCUGAAAUGAGUAAAGUUUGUAAAUGCAGAUAUAAAAAUAA